UAAUUAAACAAUCAUUUGAAAAUACUGACCUUAAUAUUAAUGUUAAAAUAAAACCUAAUAUUAAUAUUAAUACUAGUAAUAAUAAAAAUACAAACCUUGACAUUAAAGUAAUUAAACAAUUAUUUGAAAAUACUGACCUUGAUAUUAAUGUUAAAAUAAAACCUAAUAUUAAUAUUAAUACUAGCAAUAAUAAAAAUUCUCUUAAUAUUUUAAAUAAUAAUAAAUUAUCUAUAACUUUAUCUAAAGAACAAACCCUUUUAACUAGUAAUAAUUUAGUUACAAUACUUGUUGGAUAA